CCACUCGAAUUCUCGUGUAGUUGUAUUUUAACUGCGAAUAUGGCCAGCGACAAGGGCACUUUUGCUGUGAAGGUGGGCCUCGCCCAGAUGCUUAAGGGAGGCGUGAUUAUGGACGUGACCACGGCAGAGGAAGCACGCAUCGCUGAGGAGGCCGGCGCAGUGGCGGUCAUGGCGCUUGAGCGUGUACCAGCUGAUAUUCGUAGGGAUGGUGGUGUCGCUCGCAUGAGCGACCCGGCCAUGAUUAAGGCAAUCAAGGCGGCUGUGACAAUCCCGGUGAUGGCGAAGGCGCGCAUCGGCCACUUUGUGGAGGCGCAAAUCCUCGAGGCCCUUGGUGUCGAUUACAUUGAUGAGUCUGAGGUGCUUACCCCUGCUGACGAGAUUCACCAUAUCAACAAGCAUAACUUCAAGGUGCCGUUUGUCUGUGGUUGCCGCGACCUUGGGGAGGCUCUCCGCCGUAUCGCAGAGGGUGCUGCUAUGAUUCGCACGAAGGGCGAGGCCGGUACGGGCAAUGUUGUCGAGGCUGUGCGACACUGCCGGGCUGUCAUGGGCGCCAUUCGCCAAUUGCAGACGAUGGAUGACGACGAGCUGUACGUGUAUGCCAAGGAGAUCCGAGCACCCGUGGAGCUGGUGCGCCAGACGAAGCACCUGGGACGUCUUCCCGUUGUGAACUUCGCAGCCGGUGGCGUGGCUACUCCUGCGGAUGCAGCGCUGAUGAUGCAGCUGGGCAUGGAUGGUGUGUUCGUGGGCUCCGGUAUCUUCAAGUCUGGGGACCCUGCCGCACGCGCGCGCGCCAUUGUACAGGCCGUGACCCACUACAACAACCCCACCGUGUUGGCGGAGGUUUCCGCGAAGCUGGGCGAGCCUAUGGUCGGUAUUGAUAUUCGGGAGAAGGGUUUUAACUCCUAUGCCCAGCGGUCAGAGUAAAGCUUUGUUAGGUGGGCGACUGGUGUCCCAAAAUCUGUAGGGACUUGACGAUGUGCUCCAAGUUCUGGUGUUGUGGUGUCGCGCCGUGAAAAAUUGUGGCCAUCCUUUGCUUCUGAGCAUGGGGAGGGGUGAUUCGUGGCAGGGUGUGGUGUGUAUCACGUACGUGCAAGUAACAAGUUGUGGUGUUAUGUCUACAGCUCGCCACCUCUCCUGUUCGCCAAUUUGGGUUGCAUCCGGGUCGUAACUCCCCUUACCGGCUGCUGCUCCUUGUGGUUAGAGGCGAGUCUGUGACGUGGUGGGCAGGCGGUUGGCGCAUGGUGACCGCGUGUAAACGUGUCAGUCUUUUUUAAUUUGUACAUAUAUUACCUUCAGCUGCGAGUGGUGGUUGGAAGUUACGGUCAUGCUUGAUGGAAUGACAGGUUACAGGGAUCGUAAUGCAACCAAGUGGCAGUUCCAGAAUCCUGAGUCAUUCCGUUCUCUGUAACCAUUUAUUCCAUUAAGCAUGACGAAAUUUUAGCUGCUGGAAACCACGGAUGUAUUUGACACUGGGCACCCCGCUUAUUCGGGGUACUGGCAUUCAUGCAUUUUCCUGUUGAAAAUGUAGAUGCGCGAUGGAUGACGCCAUGGGGGGGUUUUGAACAGGUAUGGAUGUGCUGUUCAGCUGGUAUCGUGUUCAGGUUCCAGAGAGACUGCUUCACUCAUUAUACAUGCCAGCGAAUCAAUCGGAUAAUACACCUUGAAACUGAUAUACGAAAUUUGUAUGACGUACGUUUGGCUGAACGACAAAUGUAAUUUUGUAUCAUUCGUGUU